GCGGGGGUUGUUCGAUCUGUUCGUUCCUUCUGAACGUCCUGGAUCUCUUCCUUCCUGACUGGCGGUCGAAACAGGAGAAGCUUGAUUUGCAUGUACUUGCGCCAGAUAAACGACCUUUUGAAGUCCGUGUCCAAGACAUUCCGGAGGACCCAAACGCCCUGCUACGCGACCUUGUAAACGUUCAGUUUUCAAACGCCAGCAAAGCCCGCAUUCCGGAGCUCCCCAACCUGGGGACGAGCCGAAUUCUGGAACGGAAUUCAGGUGAUAUGAAGUGCUUGCAAUUCAUCCAAGACCGCGUACACCAUUGUACUUCGAAUCAUUCUUCACAUUCUCCGGUCGAAACGGCGCUUCCGAAGCGGGUCAUUGAUUUGGGGGUUGACAAUGAUAACCUCAGCCUACAUGAGACUGAAAAGGACAAAGGCUUCUAUGCCGCCCUUAGCUACUGUUGGGGACCUGCCAGUGCUCUGAUCAAAUCCACGUCAGCCACAUUAGAUGUCUUCAAGAGAGGAAUUCCAUGGUGUCAGCUCCCUUCAACACUCCAGGAUGCUAUAACUAUUACUCGUAAACUUGAGCUAAGAUAUAUCUGGAUUGAUUGUCUUUGCAUCCUACAAGAUUCGCGCAAAGACUGGGAGAUUGAGGCGGCGAAAAUGGGAAGCUAUUACAAGAAUGCUUUCAUCACCAUCGCCGCCUCGUCGUCAAAGACAGCGCAGAGCGGCAUGUUUGAAGACAGAACCGCAGUUUCCGAGCCCAAGAAAAUGCUGUUUGCUAGAAAAGACGGUGUAGACUACCCCAUCAUAGCCCAAGUAAGACCUGCAAGGUUAUGGCCUUCACCAGUUCACGACCUCGGCCCUCUAACAGAUCGCGGUUGGACCUUUCAGGAGCAUGCACUCUCACAGCGGAUGAUACAUUUUGCGGAGUCUGAAAUCGUUUGGGAAUGUUCCUCGGAGAUGAUUUCGGAAGACGGGCAUCCGAUCCAGAAUGAUACAUACAGUCUUAUCCGGGAAUUGACCCAAUUCAGGACCUAUGCUGACAACGCGUGGCGUUUCUGCGUCCGAGCAUACUCUGAUCGCGCUCUCACUAAUCUCAGCGACAAAAUGCCAGCUAUAUCGGGUAUUGCCUCGCAUCUCCAAGAACAAACAGGGUACUCCUACAUCGCAGGGCUGUGGAGGGAGACACUUGAAGUCGACAUAGUAUGGUCUAGCUGGGGAUGGGUGGAGCUCGAAAAUCCUCCACGGAUGCUACAGGCACCCUCUUGGUCUUGGACUUCUAUUCAUGGCGGGAUUGCAUUUGCAGUGGAGACAAUCAAUGAAGCCACGACCCCCAUCACAGUCCAUUGCACAAUCUUAGCAAUUGAUUGCAAUUCUCCAAAGGAAAACCCCUUCGGCGAAGUACGAUCUGGCAUACUUAAACUUUCGGGUCCAUUGCAAGAAGCAGAGCUCGAAUAUGCCGGGGAGUUGGAUGAUUUCGGAGCGCCGAAGUUCUGCCUCACGUCACUGGAUCAAGGCCAACACUUUACCUUCAUCGCUGACACCUCGCUCGCACAAGUGGACGCCCGGGACAGAAAUGGCUCAGCUAUCAAAGUUAUUAGUCGAAAAUGGGCGCCAACCAUGCCGUUUCGCGGUAAAGUCUGGUGCUUGUGGUGCUUUACAGCUGAAGAGGAAGCUUCGGACACCCAAAAGUGGUUUGGUACAGAACCAAUGCGACUGCAUGGCAUUGUGCUUGGGAAAAGGCCUGACGUUCCUGAAAUCUACAGACGUGUUGGUUCGGUCUCUACUCCGGAGCGCACAGUGCCUUUUGAAGUACCAAUUGAGACAGUCCGGAUCGAGUAAGAAGACUCAUUGGUAUAAUUCAGCUAUACGCCGUAAUGGAGCCUGUAACCGACACUUCAUACGUGCGUCCCCAUUCCAUCUUAUGAAGCAAGGUGUAUUUAAUAGAUUACCUCUCUCCAAAUCUUAUUAGCUUGCGGAAGCGAGAAUGGCACCCCGGAUCCUUCACUUCUUCCUAACUCUACAUCUUUCGUACUACUGCGAUAAUAAGAGAUGUACACUUUAAUUAGAAACCUUACUACACAAUAGCUGGAACAUAGAACGUCCCUUGAAAAGUUUAGAAUAAAAGUUGUGUCGAAGGUUACAAUCGCAUUGAAAGUUUU